GCUUUGCUGACAGGCCCUGCAAUUGCGCCCAAGUUGGGCAACGCGACUGCGAAGGCCGAACUCGGUCGCGCCGCAUGGAAAGUGCUGCAUACGACAUUCGCGCGGUUUCCCGAAAAGCCCAGCGAUGACGAAAAGGAAGCAUUGCGGUCAUUUGUGCACCUGUUCCAGCGUCUCUAUCCUUGCGGAGAGUGCGCCGAACAUUUUGGAAAAGUGCUAGCAAAAUAUCCCCCGCAAGUCUCGUCGCGGUCCGCAGCAGCCACCUGGGGCUGCUAUGUACAUAACAUCGUCAACAAGAGGCUACACAAGCCGGAAUUUGAUUGUGAGAAAAUCGGCGACGCGUAUGACUGUGGAUGCGGAGACGAAAAAGAUGCAAAGACGAAGGACAAG